AUGAAGUGUUUAGUGUUAAUGAUAAUAUCAUUUGUGCAUGUGGGUGUCUGCCACUUGAAUUGCCGCGGAGAAGUACCUCGAAUUCGAAACUGUGAUAAAGUGUGUGACGAAAAUAAUAUAUGCAAGAUAAGGGCUGCUCUGUUGCUGCCGAAAAAUACUAGUUUUGACGCCUGUUUACCUGCUGUCAGUCCAGUCCUUGACCUUGCAAUGGAAGAUCCAGUUAUAAAGAACACCUUCCCACCGUGGCUGUCCGUAGAAUGGCUGAAGCAUGACGUCGCGGAUUGCGAUGCGGCCUACGCAGUGAUAUCGGCCAUUGAUGCGUUUAAUGAUUGUGCGCAUGUGUUUUUUGGUCCUGCUUGUGACUUUGCACUCGCUUCCGUGGCAAGGAUUGCAAAGUUCUUGGGAAUGAACGGCACACCCAUGCUAACAACUGGCGGCUUUACCUUCGACUUCGUGAAGCCAAAGCAGACUUGUGAAGACGAGUUCUAUAUGCUCGUGAGGGCUGGACCGUUAGGUUUCAAAGACCUGGCGUAUUUCAUCAUAGACUUGAUGAGACACUUCAAGUGGCAGCAACUAUUGCUUAUCAACGAACCGGAGUCGCAGUUGCACGUCGCUGGCAAGUCAACCUGCCACCUCAUGAUGAAAUCCUUUGCCAACUUCCUGAAGGCUGAAGAAAUCAUUUAUACACCAUGGGACACGACAUCUGACGGUGGACUGAAUUACACGGAGAAUCUGAAGUUUUACCUCGGAUAUAAAUAUACAAAUUCGAAUGGGGGCGCGUCGCAAUUCUAUUUGAUACACAUGCUUAUAGACCAGUAG